AUGCACAAAAAUCUUCUGNUUUUCUUGAAUCUGCGCCACGGUACCUUUUUCCAUUCUGCUAAGUACGUUGUCACCUCUCCAAAGAUUUUAGCAAUAAAAGAUCUUAACAGCGACGGUGCACCUGAUAUUAUUACUGCAACCAAUUAUAACCAUAAGAAAUUUGACGGCAGCAUUGACAUAUUAUUGAACUUAGGUAAUGGUACUUUUCUUAACUCGUCAAAUUACCUUCUCAAACAUGGACCAACAUCAUUGGUGGUGGUAGAUGUUAAUAACGACACUUCACCUGAUAUUGUUUCCGCAAGCGAUGAUGAUUAUGGUUACGUUGACAUUUUAUUGAACUUAGGCAACGGAACAUUUCUUCUUCACGCAAGCUAUCCGAUUGGUGCUGAUCCGAUUUCAUUAACUGUGGUUGAUGCAAAUGGCGAUAACGCACCUGAUAUUAUUUUCGGUAAUUACGACCAUUACUUUUUCUAUGUACUUUUUAAUUCAGGCGAUAAUACAUAUUUACUGCAUAGUAUUUAUUACAUUGGUACAUACCCAGAAGAAGUAGUAGCUGUUGAUAUAAAUGGUGACAAUAAAGUUGAUAUCAUUUGUUUGGCCUGGCGGUCAUCCAAAUUAUUUGUACUUUUACACUGUUAA